AUGAACGUGAUUUUCCUAAUCACGACGACCGCACUGCUGUUGCUGGCGGCCGCUACAGAUGCAGCCGUCUGCAAAACUGAGGGAACUGUGGUGCUUACUGCUGGUAGUGAUGACAGCACGGCAAUUCUUGUUACUGCUGGCUGUGACGAGAAAGAAUUGGCCGUGACCAAGAACACACUGGUUGCAAGUGAUAUGGGCAUUAAGAAGGUGCUGAGCGUUCCGAAUGUCAAGACACUUGACUUGUCGCUCAAUAACAUAUCGUCGCUAUCGUUAACGGACUCAACGGCACUUGAAAAACUGAUAUUGACGUCAAACACAAUCGCGACGUUUAAAAACUUGGCGAUUCCCAACACCGUCAUAUUCUUGGACUUGAGCUGGAACAUGAUCGGUUCAUUUGACGGCAUGAGUCUGCCAGACACCUUGACACAACUGUACAUUGGCGGAAAUCCGCUCACGUCUGUGGCGGAUGUCUUGUUUCCGUCGUCGCUCGAGUUGCUGUACAUCCACAAUUUACAGCUGUCGAAUCUGAAUGGAGCGACGUUCCCCGACAGCAUUCAGUAUUUGUCACUUGUGGAUUCAGGUCUUUCCGGAUUGGACGGCGUCAAGUUUCCGAACAGCUUGAAGUUCAUUGACUUUUCGCUUAAUGCUGUCACGUCCAUGCCAAUUGAAUUUCCUUCUACUGUAGUACAAAUUACAGCGACGGACAACAAAAUCUCAAAGCUGACCGAGUACGCGUUCCCAUCCAGCAUCGCGUCGCUUAACUUAUCAGGCAAUCCCAUUGAGUCGAUUCGGGGAACUUUGUUCCCCUUAGCUUUGACGAAGCUGGAUCUUGGCAGCAAUGAGAUUGCCGACUUUGAGAUCUCUCGCUCGGACUACUCCACAUUUAAGGACCUAGAGGUAUUCAACGCAGUAGUAUCGCAGACUUCCUGCUCUACAUCGGGCGCUGAACUGGUUGCAGUUUCAGGCUACAGCAUCUGUGUCAUCUCGGAUGAAUUGUUUAAGAGCACCUACGGCAAAGCGUCUGCCUCGAGUGAGGAGAGCACGACUACAUCGGUAGCCAGCAGCAAUAGCAACUCUACCGUCCUCAUCGUGAUGAUCUGUUUGGCGGCUGUGCUCAUUGUGGCACUUGCAGCAUUUGCGUUCAGGACGUACCGAGCAAAAGAAAACAAGGACACUCCUCGAGAAGGGAACGAGACCGAUUUUUUUGCGAAUGACACGAUAAACACGGGUACGCACUCUGCAGGAAACCACCUUAGCAGCCAACCGAAGAAAACCAAGUCAUUUGAUACGAUGUUUGGUGAUGGUGGGGCCAAGGUGACAAUGAUGGGUGGAACGUCCACCGAGUCGGCCCUCGUUAAAUACCGUGUACCCGCGAGCGAGGUCCAAGUCCAACGAACGAUUGCGAAGGGUGGGUAUGGCAUUGUGUUUCUUGCGUCUUACCAAGGCCGCUCAGUGGUAGUGAAGAAGAUUUUGCCAGAGAAGGCAGCGGACGACCGAUGUCUAAGCGCUUUCAUUGAGGAGAUUAAGCUAAUUUCGUCACUGUCUCAUGCAAAAAUUGUGCGCUUUAUCGGUGUGAGCUGGAGUAUGCUGUCCGACAUGGCUGUGCUUAUGGAGUACAUGGCUAAUGGUGACCUUGAUAUGCUGCUGAAACAGCAGCGCGAUCGACAAGAACAGUAUCCGGAUGAAUUUGACUGGUACCAGAACUCAUCAGUACUGCCAUCGAAAGCCUCGAUCGCUUUGGAUGUGCUUGAGGGAAUCGUGUAUCUUCACUCGUUCCCGUCACCUAUUAUUCACCGCGAUCUUAAGUCCAAGAACGUGCUACUCAGCUCGUCUUACGAGGCCAAGCUGAGCGACUUUGGUAUAAGUCGUGAGUGGCAGGUGGAUACCACGAUGACUGCAGGUAUCGGUACAAUGGCUUGGAUUGCACCCGAGAUACUGCGCGGUGAGCGGUACACGGAGAUGGCUGAUUUGUAUUCCUUUGGCGUGAUUAUGACGGAGCUGGCCACGUGUACUAAGCCGUUCGACGGCGUAACCAACGCGCUGGUUGUCCUUAAGGUCACGAGUGAAGAAAAGCCGGACCUUGGCUCUAACUGCCCCGAGGACAUUCGUAACCUGGUGAACCGCUGCCUCAGCUUUAACGCAAGCGACCGCCCAAGCGCUAGCGUGGCUCACUACGAGCUGCGAUCGCUGCUGAAGGUACACUCGGCGUUCGAGCUCUAG